AAGCCGUAAAUUAAACAAUCUUCCCAUGCGUGCACGCGGAUUACCGGAGGCUUGCGUUCGCUACCGUUUUAUCGAGUAGCCAUGAUAUUUAUAGAUAUUAAGUCUAGAGAGAUAUUUUGUGCAUAAAACAGCAAAAAGAAGAAAAAAAAUGACGUCAAAAUUAGAAGUGAACGUUGAAGAGGAUAUUUCUCGAAAAAUUCAAGUCUGUCCAUACCGCGUCAGCUCUCAGUCGUCCGUGGUAGAUGAUGCGGAAGAGUUUGCAGCAUUAGAAGAUCUCGACCGUAGGCUAGAAAGCGUUGAAACAGGUGACGAAAAGUCACCGACCAUCUCAGAAUGGUAUCGUUUGCAAUCAAACACUUUUGGGGCGACGUCUUUUCGGCGUGUCGAAAAACUGCUGGAUGCUGUGGAACAAACUCCGUCGGAAAGUGUGGAAUUUGAUUUCAACCGUUGCGGUUACACUAACCUACACGUACAAAUCGUACUGGAUGGUUUACUUCAAGCACGUCCAGAAUGUCUAACACGACUCGAUUUAAGUCGCAAUCGGUUGCUGAACGUGUCGCUGGCCCGAUGCCUGGGAAAUGUGCUGAUGGAGCUGCAAAGCAUCGUUCAUCUGUCGCUUUCCUUCAACACGCUAGACGACGAUUGUAUCGAGGUGUUGGGCGAUGCGUUAUCAAAUUCGGGCGUUCGUCUGCUGGAAGCAGCUCACUGCCAAAUCACCGACCGGGGAGGUUCACUGCUGUUCAGCGCACUGCUCUACAGCGACUGUGUGCAAAUGCUAGACCUUAGCUGGAACCAUCUAGACACGACCAGCGGACAGGCGAUCGGGCGAUUUCUUUCCACCCAAAAGACGCUGAAAGAGCUGCUACUGGCCGGUAAUCACCUGUAUCAGGAGCUACAAUGUACCGUGCCCCUUCUGCUGGGUAUGAUCGGAAAUGAAACGCUGGAACUGCUUGAUCUCAGCUGGAACGGGUUAAGAGGGGAAGAGAUGGGUCGAGCUCUUUCAAAAGCUGUACAACAGUCCAAGCUGAAGUGCCUCAAACUAGAAUGCAACAUGCUGUCGGAGGUGGAGUUGUCGUUCGUAGUGAAGCUGGCGAAGAAGAGUGAAACGCUCGUGGAGCUUUGGCUCGGUAGCAAUGUGUUCGAGGACACCGUACUAGUCGAGCUGGUGCGUACCUUCAUGCGCCAUCCUACGCUGUUGGUACUUUCGCUGGGUCCGUUUCAGUUUAUCCCCCAAACGGUGGCCAAACUGUGCCGAAUUUGCAAGCGCAAGUAUCCCGCCAAACAGAUCAUCUACCAGGGUGUGCUGAGAGCGAAACCGGCCCGCCCGGUGGACGUGCAAGAGAUGCUCCUGGAACGGAGCCGUUUCUUGGCGCAGAAGCCAAAGAAGGCAAAGCUGAAGCGAGAUCUGGGGCAUCUGAUGCUUCAGUUUGGCGAUGCCGAAACCUCGCUGCUAACGCGCGAAGAGUUUGUGCUCGCGUUGAAACGGUUUCGGCUGAAGCUCGAUCGUGCGCUGCUCGAGGCGCUGAUGGAUGCGUUUGAAGCUCCGAAAAAGUUGGUAGACACGGGUGCGAUGGCGUUGAAGUACCUCACCAAACAUCCGACGGAGCGGCCGAUUGUAAAGUCCGCCAAACGGAAGGGCCAGAAAUAAGGACGAAUACGGAGUUGGGUUUGAAUUUUCAAUUUCAUAAUAUGUUUAUUGCUUCCUGUUUUCUGCACAUCCUUGUGUGCCCAUUUGCUUCUCACGUUACCUCGGAUUGCCUGAUGCUUCUUCCUAGUGCUGAUCGUUUGUUUGUUUGUUUUGCUACUUGUUUGUGAUGCCGUUUGCAUGAGAGGAUGAACGAUAAUGAAACGAUGAACAGAUGAAAUGUAAUAACGAGUCUGCUAGCCCCCCUUCCGGAAAGUGGGGACUGAGACGUCUUAAGCUUUAAGUACUAUGUACUACCGAUCGUAUGACGCUGGGCGGGCCACGUACGCAUUCGUGACCGUUUGUUUGUCGUUAAAAUGGAAUGUGUUGUGUUAUUGUGUGAUGUCUCUACUUUCUUUUCUAAACGUUUUACCUUCCUUCCUUCCUAUCGGGAUUGGCCGUUUGAUUGUUCCUUAAACCAUACCGCACUGUGUGUACUUUUUUAAAAUUGACGGCAUUUUGACGAGAUUCCUUCGUUGUUUUAUGGUCGUUUCGCUCACAAAUCUUUGUUGUCUUUUUUACAAUAUUUACACAAUCUGCACACAAUCGUUCGUUUGAUCCACUUUUUUCUCUAUUCCUCUGCAAUUUUGCCCUACGCUACGCAUUUAAAUAAUAUUGAGUACAUUUUGUCAUAGUUUUGAGUUAAUGUUUUCGAGUUUUGCAAUAAUGUACAUGUUGCUGCUUCUUCUUCUUCUGCUACUGCUGCUGCUGCUGCUGGAAUGCGCUCUCAACUUCCCUUAAUGUAUAAACCUACUCUGCUUGCUACUUAAUUGUACACUCACAAACAACACUAAACAAGGAACUAUUUAUUCCGCUAAAACCUAGCCCUAACUAGUAUGCCAGCGCUCCCAUGUACAAUUUCCCGAGCCCUUGUUCGGGGGUUUCGCGAUAAAACAGAUCAAACAAACAAAAACGGCAUAAUGGCAGGCAGAAGAUAGUUGGCCGUUAGUGAUCGUUGGGGGAUGUCACUGGCCAACCGCUUGCCGACUGAUCGCGUUGAAUCGCUACCGCGUGAGCCUAGAUUUGUGUUUUGUGGGCAAAGGUUAGAAAAUGGGGUUGGCCCUUUUUCGCACGUACCUACUCUCUAGAUGGCCCUAAAUGCUAUCCCUAAAGGCGAACAAAUACAAAAAAAAACAA